UUGGCAGUUUGGAGAACUAUCGUCCAUUUGCUUUCCCUCGCUUUCGCUUCUUCCAAACAAGCGGUAAGUAGUGAAUAUGAAGGAAAUAGAGACCUUGUGGGAGGACGUGCGGCAGCUGAGCCUUGGAAAUGGCGGAGAGAUUGAGCGCCUGGAGUUGCCUCCAACCCCACUACGCUUCCUCAGAGACUUCGUCUCUCAAAACAAACCUUGCAUCAUCUCCAACGCCACCCUCCACUGGCCAGCUCUCUCUCUCUGGCCCGACCCAUCAUACCUAUCCGAAGCCCUCUCCGACGCACCCCCUGUCUCCGUCCACCUCACCCCUAAUGGCCGCGCCGACGCACUUGAGCCUCUCCCUUCCGGCUCUCUCUGCUUUGUGUCUGCUCAUGUGGAACGCAUGCCUUUUCCCCAGGCUCUUCGUUUGGUCUCUGACUCAAAUCUAGGGUUUGUGACGUACCUACAGCAGCAGAAUGACUGCUUUCGAUCAGAGUAUUCUGCGCUGUCCUCUGACUGCGACCCGCACAUCGAUUGGGCGACGGAGGCCCUGGGCUGCCUUCCUGAAGCGGUGAAUCUAUGGAUUGGGAACGAUCGAUCGGAGACCUCUUUCCAUAAGGACCAUUACGAGAAUCUAUAUGCAGUUGUCUCUGGCGAAAAGCAUUUCCUUCUCCUUCCUCCGACCGACGUCCAUCGCUUGUACAUUAGGAAUUACCCUACUGGCCAUUACUCUUAUUCACAUGAGACUGGAGAGUUCAGAUUGGAACUUGACAAGCCAUCUAGAUAUGUGCCUUGGUGUAGCGUUAAUCCAUACCCUUCUCCAGAGAGUAAAGAACAAGAAAUGUCGAGAUUUCCAUUGUAUUUCAAUGGAAACAAGCCAUUUCAUUGUACAGUCAAGGCAGGGGAAACUCUAUACUUGCCAAGUAUGUGGUUUCAUCAUGUUAAGCAGAGUCCAGAUGACGAAGGACACACUAUUGCCAUAAAUUAUUGGUAUGAUAUGCAGUUUGAUAUCAAGUACGCUUAUUUCAACUUCUUGCAAUCAAUUCGUUACCAUUCGGCAGUGGCUGAGCCUGAACGUGAGGAGUCUGUUCGCGAUUCAUCUGCAGGUGAUAAGCCUGUGUCAAAACAACUCAAGACAGGCAAGAUGAUCGAUUGUAAUUUACUGGCUCAUGUGAAUGGAUAAUCAUUUUUGGGUCUUCAAGAAAGAAUUUAAGAUCAUAGUGGACGACCACCUAUAAUAUGUACAAUUUGGAGGGGCUAGUUGGAAGAGUUCCAUCUCCUGCAUGUGAUUGAUGGUUGUGUCGAGCAAUUUCCCUGCAGUUUUGGUUCAUGAAUACCUCUCCAAAUGGAUUCUUGA